GGCGCGAGCGGGUCAAAAACACGGUUCAGCCGGCAUGGUGAGCAGUGCUGUACUGUCAGUGUGUCUCCCCCCUGCUUUAUUAUAAAUUAGUUUUUAAUAAUAACACAAUUAAAUAGAGUAAGAUGAGCCCGGAGCUGGAGCAGUGCCCGCGGAGUCUGUUAGUGUGUGAAAAAGGAAACUUCAAAAAUGAGAAAUCCCGCCAUGAAUCCCAGGCGCUGAAACACAGCUUUAACUGCAGGAUUUCCUUAUUGAUACCUGAGUGUGGAAGACUGCCUGUGAUGCUGGAGAAAGUACUUAGUAAUUUCAGCUCAUAUUUCCAUGUCCAAGACUUUCCAGUUUCUACAUUCCUGGAAGAGAAAUGGCUGGAUGCAGUGAAGAAAGGAGGUUUCUAUGCACUGUCUUCCAAAACCAGAAUUGAUGAGGACAAUGUUGUUGCUGUUUUGCCCAGCGGUCAGCUGAUCUUGUCUCUGGAUAAGGACACAUAUGAGCAGCUGGGCCUGGAAGGAAGACCUUCCCAAUACAGUCACAGAAAGACCGUCAGACACAUUGUUACUGUGGAUCUUAAAUCUUUGGUUCUGGGCACGAAGAAAUAUCAGCGGGUUCUGCUGUGUCUGAAAGAGAGAGUUCCACUGAAAACCGACUUCCUCUUUACAGCUGCAGGUGGAGCUGUAUCUCUCCUGGACCUGCUGUCGAAGCAGUUGUAUGAGGAGUGUAGACCUGCUCUCCACUGCCGGACUCUGCAGGACCUCCUGUGCCCCUCGCUCAUCCCCUCUGACCUGAAGGGGGAGAGCGGUUCUGUCACGCCGACCCAGUUCCUGGAGUGGCUGGGGGCGGUCAGUCUCAGUAUCAGCUGUGAUAAUCAGGCGACCAGUUUCCUGUCCACCUACGCGUGUCCAGAGCCUCAGAGCUCGGUCAGUCAGGCUCUGCUGUGCACAGUGACCGGCCUCAUCUCCCCGCAGGACGUCUGCAAACUGCUGACAGAAAUCAGACGUUAUCUGGAUGAGCCGAAGUUGACGAGUUGGGUCUCGCUGACGGUACACGGCUGUGCAGACAGUCCUGUGUCCUGGGGAUCAGCGGAACAUGGGUUCCACAAAGGUGGAGAAAACUUCUACAACUUUGUUUGCUUCCAGAACCAAGACUACUGGUUACAUAUGGCUACUGGAGCAAAAGACGCCUGUCCACCUUGAUGAACUGGACUUGGCCUGAAGGGGGAAAAAACAGACAUACAUUUUUAUUUUGAAUAAAUCUCAUUUAGAGACUCACUGUUUAGUUUUGUUGCUUUCGAGCUGUUUCUGUACAUACGGUUUGUGUUUGCUUUUCUGCAGCUCAUUAAGUUGAUUCAUUAAUUAAACCUAAUGCAAGUAUAA